AUGGCGGGAGGCGGAGGGACGCUGAAGGACCCAGAGACCCGGGACGGCUCACGAACUACAACUCCCAGCAGCGCCGGGGGCGGGGGCGGGGCCCAGACGACGGCGGGGACCCCAUCUAGUCCGACCCUCGCUCUUUGGACCCCGCUAGGCCUCAGUCAUCUUCCGGUCCCGAGAGCUGACUUUCUUGGCUGGCCGACGUGCGAGAUGCAAGCCGGGAAGCCAGUCCUCUACUCCUAUUUCCGAAGCUCCUGUUCAUGGAGAGUUCGAAUCGCUCUGGCACUGAAAGGCAUCGACUACGAGACGGUGCCCAUCAACCUCGUAAAGGAUGGGGGCCAGCAGUUCUCUGAGGAUUUUCAGACCCUGAAUCCCAUGAAGCAAGUGCCAGCCCUGAAGAUUGAUGGAAUCGUCAUUGGCCAGUCGCUGGCCAUCAUGGAGUACCUGGAAGAGACGCGACCCACCCCACGUCUCCUGCCUCAGGACCCACAGAAAAAAGCCAUCGUGCGCAUGAUCUCCGACCUCAUCGCUAGUGGCAUCCAGCCCCUUCAGAACCUGUCUGUCCUGAAGCAAGUGGGACAGGAGAAGCAGUUGCCUUGGGCCCAGAAGGUUAUCACUUCUGGCUUUAAUGCUCUGGAGCAGAUUCUGCAGAGCACGGCCGGGAAGUACUGUGUGGGAGAUGAGGUGACCAUGGCUGAUGUGUGCCUGGCGCCCCAGGUGGCAAACGCUGAAAGUGGCUGAAGGACCACAGGGCCGGGCGGGACCAGAAGAACCUUACGACUACAGCCUUUUGCUCUUCCUACGGCAAGCUUGGCUUCUGACACUCAAAGGCAAAGGAAGAUCGCAUGCCAGGGAAGGUGCGUGACCUGUUCCAGCUCAGAUUACCUAGGUGACAGCUCCUCACUGGCUACCCUAGGAAGGGCAAGUCCCAGAACUUGGCAAGGUUCAAGACUGAGGUGGUGUGUCUGUGGGGUGGAAAACAAAGUGACCUUUUGUGAUCCAAAUCUGAUAUUUAAUUUCUCCUGCACUGCUGAGGUUAAGCAGGGAACUGAGGUCUGUGUGUCUUGUUUGGGUAGAAGCAUUGUUCUCAACUUUUCUCCAGCUCAAUCCCAGGGUGCUUCCUUCCUUUUUGUGGCUCCCUCUGUUGACUCACCUCUUAGCUGCUCCAGGCUCUUGAGCUCUGGGAUGGCCACUCUUUCUCCCAAGGCAGCUUUUGUCUCGACAAAGCCAGAGAAGUACAGGAAGGUAGAUAUGGCAAUAAGGGAGAUCAGUGGCAUGCCUGGCCUGCCCUCCUACCAUGUGGAACCUUUUCCUAAAUGAGUCUAGAUCUGGAUGAAUGAGAUUUACUUCGUCUCUCCAUAAGAGACUUACAUGGCCAAACACUAAUCUGAACCAGAAACCAUGGAUUGCUCAUUCUUGAUCAAGCCCUGAGCCUGGCCUGGCCCCUUACAUGUAUGCUAAAUUGGAAGAUGUCCUUCCCCUUGGCCCUGUAAUUCAUCUCUGGGGGCCCUAGAAGAUCCUAAAAGAGCAAAUAUUUCCCCCAGAUGUGUACACUUUCUCCAGCAGUCAGACCAGAUGGCUACAAUGCUUAGUAAUAAUUAUGUUUCGAAAACAGAUCUUUUAAAACUACCUACUCUUCCAAUUCAAGUCAUCAAAUUCUUAUAUUCAGGGGCGAGAUGUAUCACCCAACCCAAGACUGUCUUUGUGUGUUUGUACCUCUAUAACAAUAUACCGGAGACUGGACAAAGAAUAGACAUUUGUUUUCUCUCAAUUCUGGAGGACAGGAAGUCCAAAAUGAAGGUGGUUCUCUGUCAGAUGAAGGCUACUGAUUCCUGGAUAGUGCCAUCGAUGCAGUAUCCCUGUAGUAAAAGGGAGAGAGGAACAAGGAACAAAAAGAUCCAAAGUAGUUCCUUCCUGUUUGUUUAAUAAAACACUAAGCCCUGUUUACUAAGGCAGAGCCUUAAUGCCUAAUCAUCUCCUAAAGGCCUCACCUCUCAAUACUAUUGCAUUGGGGAUUAUGUCUCUGUGAAUUUUGGAGUUGUCCUAAACAUUAAACAACAUCAAUGACCA